CUCCCCGCUUAAGCCCUGGCUUUUUUUUUCCUUCUUAUUUUAAAAGCUGCCUGAAAUGGUGGUUUCUGUCUCUUACUAAUAAAAGAAAGAAGGGGAGGGGAAGGGGCCUAUUGCUUUUGGGUUGUUGAGAUGUCGAGGCUUUUUCCUAUUCUUUUGUAAAGCUGUUAGAAUGGCUUGAAUCUUUAGGUGGUUAAAAUUCCUUUUUCUUCAUUCACUACUUCCCUGACAAGCUCCUGGUAGUCCAGAUGGCCCCCCUAUUGAGAGAUACAGGCAUCGCCUCCCUCUCCAGUCUGUCCCUGUUGACCUCACGAGGGCCAAGGGAAGAUAGAAAGGAGGCAGCACCGCAGGGAUAGCAGACCCCAGUUGGAGCAUUGUCAGCCAGGUCAUCUCCCCCAUGCCAUUAGUUCCCCGGGGAAGGAUGUGUCUCUUGGCUGGAAAGCCUGGUGACCUCAGACUGAAUUUCCAACUUAGUGAGUCACCGUGCCAGUCUUCCUUUCAUAUUCUGCUGACCCUUGUGUUUGCCUCCUGCCUAGCUUAACCCCCUUUUUAACAAGUCAGUCCACCUGAGCAAGCUCUGACCAGUAGGAGGGAGUGGUGGAAACUGAGUGUGCUUGGACCUCUUGCCCUGUUCGGGCUGACAGUUGGUCAGAUCCUUGCGCGUCAUGGUGGGGAGUUUUGGCAUCACUCAGCAGAGACAGCAGGCGGCAGUGCAGUGUGGCACAGAUGCUGCCCAGCCGGCCGGGGAGCCUUCCCAAAUGGUGCUCGCCAUGUGGGAGGACCCGGAGGGAAGCCAAGAGGAGUCUGAAUGCCUUUCAUUGUGUCCCUCGUGGGACAAGCUUACCAUUUGCUGCACCAGUUGUAUGUUUCUCUGUUUCGGUUUCAAAGGCCAGAAGGUGUGUGGCUGUAAAUACUAAUCCUGCCUGGAACAGAAGUACAUUCUGAGACGGUGUGCCUCCACCUGAGAAGAGACACCAUUCACCUCCCCAGGCUGCCCUGGGGCACCUUGACACCUUUCAUCACGCACAGUCUUUGAAGACAACAUCUGAAACAAUCCACCUUGCUCCAGGACCACAGACCACUUCACUCACUGCAGCCCAGGCAAGCCAAAAAGUCGGACCCUCAUGCCAAGACCCUGCAGUAACUUCCAACAAGCCCUGGCUCUCAGUUCCCGGUAGGCCUGGAAUCUGCAUAACCCCGUUUAAAAAGAAAGUUAUUGCCACUGUCCACUUAAAACUCAUAAGCUGCCCUUACGUGUCUUGGAAUCAACGAAGAGCGUGAUCACACGUAUUUCUUCAUCAGACUUACAAGAUGGAUAUUACCAGUUUGUCCCAUGGAAGUCUACUUUCUGGGGAUCCAGUCUGUAGUCAUGAAGAAGAGAUAGAGACAGAAAGGACAGUGGCUGACUCCCUGAGAAAUUACCAGGAUUCGGGGACCUUUGAGGAUGUGGCUGUGGAUGGUACCCAGCUGGAAGACUCUUUAAUGAACCCAACACAGAGAAGCAUACAUAGUGAUGUAAUGGUGAAGAACUCCCAAAACCUGGCCACAGUAGGAUGUCAGACUCCCAUCAAACCCAGCCGUGUAUCUUACUUGAAAGGCGAACUGGGGACAGGGCGGAAAGGAGUUCUCCAAGAAUUGGAAAUGCAAUUACAAACCAAAGAUUCAGCAGUUCAGCAGGAUUUUUUGACUGAACAUACUUCUGGUGGGAUACAACUGGACUCAGUGACCUUUGAGGAUGUGGCCGUAGACUUCACCAAGGAGGAGUGGACCUCACUGGACCCAACUCAGAGAAAUCUUUACAAAGAUGUGAUGCUGGAGAACUACCAGAACCUGUCCACAGUAGGACAUCAACUGUUGAAACCCAGCCUGAUCUCUUGGUUGGAGGAAGAAGUAGAGUUGACCAUAGUGGAGCGAGGCUUUCUCCAAGAAUGGGAAAUGCACCUUAAAACCAGAAAUCCAGCAAUUGAGGAUAUUUUCUGGUCAGAUACGUCAAAUGGGAUACAGCAGCAGGCAGGAAGCUACCAUAGAGGGGAGCUCUAUGACUCUCAGCACUCUGGAGAAGUCUUCAGUGAACACACAGGCCUUCAGGGACACAUGAGUGCUUUGAAUACAGAGGACACUUCAGAGUGUAAUCAGUGUGAGAAAGACUUACUUCCACUGGUGGAGAAAACUUCUCCUGAAGAGAAACUGUCUCUGUUGAACGAGGGUGCAGAACCUUCUACUCUGGCUCUAGAUACUUUGCAGAGAACUUCUACUCAAGACAAAUCGUUUGAGGGCAGUGACUCUGGGAAAGCUUUUAUUAAUCAGUCGCAGCUCCAGGGCCAUGUGAAAACUCAAAGUGGAGAAAAUCUCUCUGAAUUGGAGCAGUGUAGGAAAGCUUUUACUGUCUCUGCAAAUGCUGAUGGGUAUGCUCAAAUGCCCACUGAGAAAAAUUUCUAUGAAUGUAAGAAAUGUGGGAAAUUCUUCACACACCCAGCUUAUCUUAAUAUUCAUAUGCAGAACCACCCUGUUGAGAAACCAUAUAAAUGUCAGGAAUGUGGGAAAGCCUUCACGCAGCGCUCCAGCUUAAUUGUACAUCUAAGACAACACACUCGGGAGAAGUCCUACGAGUGCAAGGAAUGUGGGAAAGCCUUCAUUCAGCCGUCACGCCUUACUGAACAUAUGAGGUGUCACACGGGAGAGAAACCUUUUCAGUGUGACCAUUGUGGGAAUGCCUUUGCUUCUUCCUCUUAUCUUACCACACAUUUGAGAACCCACACCGGAGAGAAGCCUUUCGAGUGUAAUGUAUGUGGGAAAGCGUUCACGCGUUCCUCCUACCUUCUCGGUCACAUACGAACUCACACUGGGGAGAAACCCUAUGAAUGUAAAGUAUGUGGAAAAGCCUUCAGUGGACGCUCAUGGCUCACUAUUCACUUACGAAAACAUACCGGGGAGAAGCCCUAUGCAUGUACAUUAUGUGAAAAAGCCUUCACCAGCUUUGCUCAACUUACUGAGCACACAAAAACUCACACUGGCGAGAAGCCCUUUCAGUGUAAGGUAUGUGCAAGAACCUUUAGAAAUUCCUCAUGCCUUAAGACUCACUUUCGAAUUCACACUGGAAUAAAACCUUAUAAAUGUAAUUUCUGCGGGAAGGACUUCACUGCCCGAUCAGGCCUUACCAAGCACGUCCUCAUUCACAAUGGCGAGAAACCCUAUGACUGUAAGGAGUGUGGGAAAGCGUUCAGUACAUCCUCAGCACUUGUUGAGCAUAUAAGAAUUCAUACAGGGGAGAAGCCCUUUGAAUGUUACAAAUGUGGAAAAGCCUUGGCUUAUUCUUCAUCUCUUGUUGCACAUUUGAGAUCUCACACUGGAGAAAAACCUUUUCAGUGUAACCUAUGUGAGAAAGCAUUUUCCCGUUCCUCCUACCUUCGCAUUCAUAUGCGAACUCACACUGGUGAGAAACCCUAUGAAUGUACAGAAUGUGGGAAAACCUUCCCUGAGCGCUCAUGUCUUACUAAGCAUGUUAGGACACAUACUGGGGAGAGGCCAUAUGAAUGUAAGGAGUGUGGAAAAGGCUUCACUAGCUUUGCUCAACUGACAGUACACAUAAAAACUCAUAGUAGUGAGAGGCCCUUCAAAUGUAAACUAUGCACAAAAUCUUUUAGAAAUUCCUCAUCCCUUGAGACCCACUUUCGAAUUCACACUGGAGUAAAACCAUAUAAAUGUACUUACUGUGGGAAAGACUUCACUGCACGCUCAGGCCUUACUAUACAUUUGCGAAAUCACACUGGUGAAAAGUCCUAUGCAUGCCAGGAAUGUGGGAAAGCCUUUACUACUUCCUCAGGCCUUAUUGCACAUGUACGAAGUCACAAGGGUGAGAAGCCCUUUGAAUGUGACCACUGUGGGAAAGCCUUUGCAUCUUCCUCCUAUCUUAAUGUACAUCUGAAGAUUCACACUGGAGAGAAGCCUUUUCAGUGUACAGUGUGUGGAAAGACAUUUACUUGUUCUUCUUACCUUCCCAUUCACAUGCGGACGCAUACUGGGGAGAAGCCCUUUCAGUGUAUGAUAUGUGGGAAAUCAUUUUUGUGGUCCUCUUACCUUCGUGUUCACAUGAGAAUUCACACUGGAGAGAAACCCUACGUGUGUAAGUACUGUGGAAAAGCCUUUACUGAGCACUCGGGCCUUAAUAAACAUUUACGGAAACACACCGGCGAGACACCAUAUGGAGAGACACCCACACCAUUUAGAGAGACACCUGCGCCAUUCGGAGAGACACCUGCACCGUUUGGAGAGACAGCCUCACCUUUUGGAGAGACACCCACACCUUUCGGAGGAGAGACACCUGCACCGUUUGGAGCAACACCGUAUGAGUAUAAGGAAUGUGGGGAAACCUUAACUAGUGGUAACAGAAGUCCUCCUGACAUUAAUGAACGUGAAAACUCUCUGGAGAGAAAUGCUUUGAAUGUAAGGAAUUCAGAAAAUACUUUGGGAAGUCCUUGAUCUUAGCAAUUGCAGUUCAGUCUCAAGAAAUCUUAUAAAUAUAUGCAACAUAAACAUUCAUACGUGGCUUGAAAGAACUCCAAGGAUGCUCCAUGAAUUUAAGGAAUAUGGAGGCAUCAUUGAAAGAACUGACUUCAAAGCUGUGUAGAAUAAGAAACAUGCAAACAUUUUGCAUUUCCUUGAGUCUUAAUAAAUAUGUGAGAAGUUCCAAUAGAGCAAAUGGGUUGAUUUGAAAGAGUUGUAGUUCUGGCAAUAGUUUGAUUUUGCAGUGGAGAAAGACUAGACGAAAGGUAGAGAUGUUGGAAAAUCACUCUCUUUAACUUUGACUAAAUGGUGUUCUAAACUGAACAGAAACUACAUGUACGUGGUAUGGGAUCUGCUUUACUAUCCUAAAGUCUAACAUACAACAGUCAUGGCUUUCUGGAUGGUUCUUUAGAUAAAUUUUAAAUAUUUCAAGUAUUUCAGUAUUUGUGUACUUUUAUGGCUUCAGUUAUAAGUUUCUAAUUUCCACUGUAGUGUUUCUUAAAAUAUAUGUUUAAUGUGAUUGAAAAUUAUCUUUUAUAUUUAGGGUCUGAUGUCUGCAUUAUUAAACAAUGAGAAUGAUAAACCCAGUAUAUUCAUCAUCUCACAUAGUUACGCUUUUAUUUGUUGUGUCAUGGAUACACUUAACUACUGUCUUUAAGUUUCAAGAAUAUACUGUUAGCAUGAACUAAAAUUAACGAGGUUACAGAUAAAUUCUCACGUACUUAGUCAUCUUAUAAAUGAAAGUUCAUACCUUUGUUCAGUCUAAAAUAUACAGUAUAUAUUAUAUAUUUAUAUAUAUUAUAUAUAUAUAAUAUAUAUAUGUAAUACAAGCCUUUUGUAACUGUUAUCCAUUCUCUGAUUUGACUUGUCUUUGGAUUCCACUUGUGAGAUUGUGCAUUCUUUUGUCUUAUUGUAUCUGGUUUAUUUCACUUAGCAUAGUAUCCCAGGGCUGAAGUACAGUGUGGUGAAUGACAGAAUUUCCUCCCAUUUCCGUGGCUAGUUAUUUUAAAACUGCAUUUUAUCCAUUUUUCCCUUCUUUUUUUCUUUUUUGUUUGUUUUUGAGGUGAGGUCUCACUGUGUAACCCAGGCUUGCCUUGAACUCUCAAUGAUGUUCCUGCGUCACUCAGCCUUCCACAUUCUGGGAUCACAGGUGUGUGCCACCAUGCCUAGUUUUGUUCAUUUGUCUCUUGAGGGCUAUUAGGAGUAUUGUUGCAGUGAACAUAAGUUUGUCUUUGAGUUAGUGGACCUUCCCCUCCACCGCCUAGUACCGGGAAUCGAAUUCAGGACCUCCCACUUGCCAGGCAGGCACUGCCACUGAGUUAAAUCCCCAACCCCCCCUUUUUUUAUGUAGGGUCUUAGUAUAUAGUUCAGAACUCGAGCCAGUCCUGCCAAUCCUCCUGCCUCAGCCUCCCAAGUGCUGGGUUGACAGGUGUGUGCCGCUAUACCUGGCUCUCUGAGUUAGUGACAUUAUUUUGGGGGAUAUAAGCUUAGAGGUUGGUUUCAUGUAUUGUAUGGUCAGUCUUACUUCAUUUUAUGAAAAAUAUGCAUACUUUUGUGUAAGGACGUAUUUAUUUUCCUGUCAGCUAUGUACAAGAGUUUCAUUUUCUCUGCCAUCCUCACUGCCACUUCUGAUUUUUUUUAAUCUUAAGAGCCAUCCUGAUGUGUGAGGUGGCAUGAUUGUGGGUUUGAUUUGCAUUUCUCUGAGGACAGCUCAUUUUGAACUUUUUUCAUACACAUAAGCCAUUUAUAGGUCUUUGGAAAAAUACCUGUUCUUUGUCAUUUUAAAAUUUGGGUAUUUGAUUUUUUGCUGUGGAGUCGUAUGAGCUGCUUACAUACUUUAGAUAUCAACACAUUAUCACAUCUAUGGUCUAAAAUUUGUUUUUUCAUUGUUUACAUUGCCAUUCCACUUUCUGGGUUUUUUUCCUGUGCAUUUCCCUGUAAGAUCUUUUGAGUUUGAUGAGCUCUAGUUUAUUUUUGGUUUUGGUGCCCAGCUCUCAAAAUAUUUCUAAGAUGCUUAUCAGGAAGCUUAGGUGAGAUUUAAAAAAUACAGUGAAUGUUGAAGUAUAUAUUAUGGUUUAAAACAAACACAUUAACUCCCAUUAACCCCCUCAAUUUUCCCCUUCAAACACACUUGUCACUUUCUGGGGCAGUUCUGAAGUCCUGUUUUGUGUCUUUAUGAGGUAUGAUAAAAAAAAUAUGGUAAACGCACUGCUCAGUGCCACCUAGGAAAGGCAGGCUUGUAAAUCUCAACCACUUUAUUUACCAGACCUGGCACCAGGUGACUUCUAGCUCCUGAAAAGUCAAAAUGGCCUUGAAAUGUUAAGUUAAUUCAGGGUACAGAGGCAGCCAUGAUAGUGUAACUGAAGAUACAAAAGAGGACUGGCAGAACUGCUUCAGAAAGUGGAAAGGAUGAUGGAUGGGAUCAGUGUGUAUGAAAUAAGGUAUAACGAGGGUAUUCUGAGGUAAAUUUGUUGAGAUAUGUUUUACUAUAAUUUUCAACUUAAGUAAUGGUUUGUUGUUUUUUUUUUUAAUCAUACUGCAUAGAUAGAAACAGCUUUUUACCUUUGGCACAAUGCGUAUUAAUGUGACACAGAGGGCUGGGAUAUCUUUGCCUGUGUAAGGUCGUGGGACCCAGCACUCAAAUAAAAUGUGUUUCACCCAUUUGAA